CAACAUUAUCAAUCAUACCAACACAACUAUAUAUACAUGGACAUUUAUUACAACGUUGUAAUAAACCACAAUCACUAUCUGAAUUACAUUGUGCGCAUAUUCUAGCACUAUUACAUGUAUAUCCACUUAGACAUUGUGUUGAGUCACAUACACAUUUACCAUUUACACAUUUAUUUGGAGAAAUGCAACUUGGUAUACAUGAAAGAACUGGAGCUGGCGGAGAUGAUGAAGGUGGUGAAGAUGGUGAACUUGGCAAAGUACAAUCUAGUUUUCCACAUUGUGCACAAGAACCACGUACUCCGUAA